CUCACCGACACGCCCCCGCUGCUCGAAGGGCUACGAAGGAACGUGGAGGCCAAUGGAGUCGGAGAAAAGGUGGAGGUGCGGGAGCUGCGGUGGGAGUCGGAUAACGUGGAGGAGUUUGGAAACGAGGUUGGGGAGGUGGAUGUGGUGCUGAUGUCGGAUUUGUUCUAUGACCCGGAGGAGAUGGGCGGGCUCGGCCGGGCCAUGAGGGCGGUGUGGGGAGACAGGACAAAGGGAUGGGCUGCGAGCGAGGUGAGGGAUGCGACGGUGGACUGUUUGGAGGC